CGUGAAGCUGCAACACAACAUUCAAUUCAAACCAUUGAAAUUAACAAACAUGAAAAUCGAGACAAGACUUCCAUCGUUGCUUGCAAUAUUAUAUUUUUCAGUUUCCCUAAUCUUCUUGAAACUCAUAUAUUCCAUCAAGAAAAGAUCGACAUCCCCACCGCCACCGCUGCCGCCGGGGCCGCCCGCGUACCCGGUCGUGGGCAGCCUGCCGGAGAUGCUGUCGAAGAAGCCCGCAUUCCGAUGGAUGCACAAUCUCAUGCAAAAACUCAACACGGAGAUCCUCUGCGUCCGCCUCGGCGGCGUCCACGUCAUCGCGGUCGCUUCUCCGGAGCUUUCCAGAGAGAUCUUGAAGAAGCACGACGCGGCCUUCGCCUCCCGGCCCGACGCCGUCUCGGCCCGCCUCAUCAGCGACGGAUACUCGGCGCUGAUCCUCUCUCCCGCGGGCGAGCAGUGGAAGAAAAUGAGGAGGGUCAUGGUGUCGGAGGUGCUGGCGGCGGGCGUGUUCCGACGGUUCCACUCGACGAGACGCGAGGAGGCCGAUCACCUCGUGCGGUACGUGUACAGCCGCCGCAACGGGGCGGUGAACGUGAGAGAUGCGGCGCGGCAUUACUGUGCCAAUUUGAUCAGGAAGAUGGUGUUUGGUGAGAGGUUUUUCGGGGCGGGGAUGGACGACGGCGGGCCGGGAAACGAAGAGAGGGAACACGUGGAUGGAUUGUUCACGAUGCUUUCGUAUCUCUAUGGAUUCGCCAUAGCCGAUUUUGUGCCGUGGUUGGAGGUUUUCGAUUUGGAUGGGCAUAAGAGGAUUGUGAGCAACGCCAUUAAGAAGGUAAGGAAAUACCAAGAUCCGUUGAUCAAUGAGAGAAUGGAGAUGUGGCAGCUAGGGCUCAAGACUCAACAAGAUGAUAUUCUUGAUCUUCUGAUUAACCUCAAGAGCGAAUCGGACGAAACUAAGCCCCUCUUGUCACUUCGAGAGAUUAAAGCACAAAUUCUUGAAAUAAUGAUUGCGACAGUUGAUAAUCCGUCAAAUGCAGCAGAAUGGGCAUUGGCGGAGAUGAUCAAUCAACCGGAUAUUUUUGCAAAGGCGUGUGAAGAACUAGACCGAGUUGUAGGCAAGAAUAGGCUCGUUGAGGAAUCAGAUCUGCCUAAUUUAAACUAUGUGAAAGCUUGUGUGAAAGAGGCAUUCAGGCUACAUCCACUGGCACCUUUCAAUCCGACUCAUGUUUCGAGCAAGGAUCUUGUGGUGGGUGGCUACCUCAUCCCAAAAGGGAGCCAUGUGUUGCUCAGUCGCCCCGGCCUGGGGCGAAAUCCUAGGGUUUGGGACGAGCCACUUCGUUUCAAGCCCGGGCGUCACAUUGUUGAUGAGUCCUCAGAAGUGGUGCUUGUUGAUCAUGAAUUGCGCAUGUUAUCAUUCAGUACAGGGAGACGAGGAUGUCCCGGCAUUGUGCUUGGUUCUACCAUAAGCACUAUGCUUCUGGCUAGACUUAUUCAGGGUUUUAGCUGGAGGCCACCCCUUGGUAUGAAUAACAUUGAUUUGGUUGAGUCGGGGCAUGACUUGACAUUGGCUAAGCCUCUCAUUGCUCAUGCAACACCUCGAUUGGACUCACAAAUUUAUCUUUAAUUCAUGUGAAAUUAAUAUAUAAAUUUUCAUAUAAUUAGGUGAACACAUUAUUUUCAGGUCAGCUCUAGGGUUUCGUGUUAUUUUCGAGGUAGCCUAUCGGGUGUUGGGUUAUUCAGUCACUGCUAUUAGCUCUAGGGUUUUUGUGUUGUUUUUGCUACCGCGUAUUAAAAUAGUAGCCACAAGAUGUGAGGUUAUGAAUUAAAUUUAAGUUAGAAAUCGUUAUUGAUAUAAAUUUGGUAUUUGAAUAUA